CCCGGAACUCAUUUAUUUUGGAUGACGUACGUGACGGAAUACCGGCGGAUGACUGGAAUCACAUGUGUUCUUUGGAAGAAUUCAAUCAAUCAAGUUCAACAAAAGACCAGGAUUCAGCUACCUAGCUGCCACUCAAUGCUCCAAGGCCAAGCUGUGCCAGUGCUCAGCUCUGUUGCACACAGUUCAGUGCAUGGAACACCAUUUGAAGUAAAUCAGGAGAGAUGGCCAUAGGGCAAGAAAGAGCUGAGGAAAUCCAGCGAAAAUUAUUCAAAGAUAUUUGCAAUGAAGUAACAGACCGAGAACUGGAUCUUAUAAAACAGGAACUUAAACAAAAAGCCUUUGGUGGAUUCAAAUCUGGUGAAAUUGAAAGGGAGCUGAAAACAACAAAUGAUAUUUUAGAAAAAUUAAAGAGAAAAGGUUUGAUUAAAAUUGGUGAUUAUGGAAUAUUACGUAAGCUUGCAGGAGCUAUAGAGUCACAGCCUCUACUGGAUUAUGUAGCUGAAGCAGAGAACUCAUUGGCUGCAAUACACUGGCCUGUGAAGCAGCCAAAAACCGAUCCAUCUCCAAGCCCAAUGCCUGGAGCAGUAGGCUAUGGAGCAUAUGGUGGACACCAUGCCCAGUUCCCAGUGCAAAAUACCCGUCCUCCACCCCCCUACCAUCAUUAUGAUGACCCUCAACCCUACCAGCCUACAAUGGGACCUCCUCAGCAUCAGGCUCCUCGUCGCCAGCAGCACCGUCAAUACCAAGAUAGCCCCACGUUAACACGUCAUCAGCAGCCUGGCGCACCUAUCCAACAGAAUCCUUAUCAACAGGGUGGUGUAGCGCCCUCUCAGUUGACCCAACCUACAACCGAUCCCCACUAUUCUCACCAAGAUGGUGGGAGCAGUAGGGGAAGGCGGGCCGAGAUGCAAUUAAGAUCAGGCUCAUCCUCAAGCAGAAGCAUUGAUGACGUAUUCUUGCCAGAACGACGAAAUAUUCCGUUUGAUAAUCGCACCGAGUAUGAGCCAGGAAAGGGGUAUGUUCUCUUCAUCAACAACAUGUUCACCAGGCAACCAGAUUACCGCAGGGGUGCUGAAGCUGAUGAGACAAAUGUUCGUAAUCUUUUUUCAAAUACCCUGAAGGGUUACUUCUUGCAGUAUAUGAAAGAUGUAACAUAUGAAGAGCUCAGGGGUUACUUGGAGUCCUUUAAGGACACCCUCUCAACGGGCGUCUACAAGAGCUUCAUCCUAAUUCUUGGAACACACGGUGAACCACAGAUGUCUGAACGCAACAAAUCCAUGAAGGAUGCUGUUCUUAUGGCUGAUAAUAAAUGGAUGAUGGUGGAGGACAUUGUUAACAGUUUCCAUGGCGACCAGAUACCUGCAAUGAAGGAUAAGCCAAAGGUUUUCAUCAUCCAGUCUUGUCGUGGAAAGACGAUUCAGAGAUCCGUGUCUUUGUCUGACAGUCCUGCCAUUGUGUCGGAUACUUAUCCUCGGCAACAACCAGAAUACAUGACCCGGCCCGUCAACUCAGACAUUCUAAUUGCAUAUGCGACCUCAGAAGGAACCAAGGCAUGGCGGAACGAGGACGAAGGGUCUUGGUUUGUGAAAGACCUAUGCGACGUCAUCACCGAGUACUGCGAGAAAGAACACAUGCUAGACAUCCUUGUACGUGUCAACAGCAGAAUGGUAUGGCGAGAAGCAACCGAGAACCGCGGGAAACAGAUGCCGUGCUUUGUCUGCACAUUCACCAAGAAGUUCAUGCUUGCAUACCCUAAUAAGUAAAGAUGAUGAUGAUGUUUGGGAUAGACGACACGAGUCGGAUGAAUCUAGGGUAGGCGUUGAAUUUGUAUAUUUCUAGGGUACUUUUCCAGAAAGCACAUUCUCUAUGACAGCACAGAUGAAAAAAAAAAAAGGUUACGACCGAUAUCCAAUGCCAAUGAAAGGGGCACUUUUUAAAGGCCAGUCACUAGAGAAUGAAAAAGGUCAUGGCCUUGGUGGCCUUGGAUGGAAGGAAGCCCCAUUGUAGCCCUAUUCACCUUCAUGGUGCCAAUGCAAGAUUAAAACCAUCUGAAAAAAAAGAAAUAAAAUGAAACUUGAUUUCUUAGAUUUGGAAACUUAGCUUCAUAUCGAGCGUGUAUGCCUCUCUGCAAUGAGCUUCAUGAAAUAAGUGUCAACUGAGAUUAAUCCCACUGGACCAAGCGCACUAUCUGUACCGUCUCCCUCAGGGUCUAUUGUACACUGAAUCCAUUUCACAUCGGUCAGUCAGUCAACUAAUACCUCAUAUCAUUGGACCCAGGUCCAUAGGUACCACAUCCCAUCCUGUGAUAUUAUUUCCCAUUGAUGCCAGUGUCCUUGGGUAACAUAUAGAGUUGGUUAGACAAUUCGUUAGUAACCCGUCACAUAAAAAUUCAGUCUACCAGUAGCACCUGCCAUUAUUUAGAUGGUGCAAUGGUUUCAUCUACAAUUAGUUUGAUGUUCCAUAACUCUUACCUCCCACUGGUCCGAGAGUUUGCUGGUUCCAUUUCUAAUUGAUCAUAUGGUACAGUGAUACCAUAUUCCGUAAGUCUGAAAUUUAUUAAGUACUACAUGUAUAUCACAUUCGUCCGAGAGAAGUUUGCUGGUAUCAUCUUCCUUUUAUCAUAUGGGAAAUGAUACCAUAUUUCGUAAGUCUAGCAUUCUGUAAGUAUAUCCCAAUAGUCCAAGAGAGUUUGAUGGUGCAAUGGUAUCAUCUUCUAGUAGUUUGAUAUCUCCCAAGGAUUACCUCCCAUUUUGUCCAAAAGAGUUUGCUGGUAUCAUUUUCUAUUGAUCAUAUGGUGCAAAUGGUAUCAUAUUCUGAAAUUCUGACAUUUAAUAAGUACUUCCUUCCACUUGUCCAAUAAUUUCAAGGUACAAUCUCCCAUCGAGCAGACGUUCCACAAUUACUACCAUUAUAUUAACCUUCAAUCUGUCAUUCCAUUGUUAUGAUGUACUUUUUCCACAUUAGUCGAGCAGUCAAAUCCUUCCAGCAUCCACUACUCAAACAGUUCAUCUCAAGUUUCACUGUAUUUUACAGCAUAUUUGUAUAAUAGUGAUCUUUGAUUAUGGUCUUUGAUCAGUUUAUAAUGAAAUUACAAAUAUAUUUUUUUCAUAAAAACAAUGAUAGAUGCAACUUAUAGUGUACCAAAUCCACUCUGCAAAGUGGAAUAGCCACACCUUGCCUGGCUGCAUUAAUCAUUGGAUGUUUACGAGUGAUGAUAAAUUCUUUGAAAAAAAAGGGGGCAGCCACAACAAAUUCUCCAAAAGUCGGCAGCGAAGGUUCUUCAUAAUAGCCAAAAUAGUAAAUUUGUCUUCAAAAAGCCAAAAUUUUAAAAUAUGCUUUAUCUAAAGGAGUAUUUCUUCUUUUAACUGUAAAAUAUUCAAGUUGUAAAAGAUACGACUUUUGCAAGAGUUUCUUUAAAUUAAAAAACACAUGCCUUUUCAGACAGCUUGGAAGUUUCAUACAGAUUGCCCGUGUGUCCAUCGCAUGCUUGAAUGAACUCUGAACUUCAAACCUUGUUUCACCCAGAUGAUGAGUUGGUUUUUAUAAAAGCAGAAAUAUAAGAGAAAAGGAUUGAAGAAAAACCAACUUACCAUCAAGGUGAACUUCUCCUUUAAGGCUCUUGGGUCAUGAUUGAACAAUUGUCUAAGAUUUUUUUAAGUACUAGUAAUAACAGUACUUGAUAUAUGGGUAGGGUAUAAUACUCUAUUAUAUUUUUUAUUGACAAACUUUGUAAAUUAGUACAACAGUGUUCUGUAGAAUAGUCAAGCACUGUAGAAUAGAAUGUUGUGAUACCCAGCAUCAUAACAUAGCAUUUAAUUCUAGCUCUGAUUGAGUUAUGUAGGCCUACUGAUUUUAUAUUAUGUAAUCAUAAUCAAUUAUAUGAUUUUCGUAUUAAUAGUGUACAAUGUAUAUAUAAUCUACUACAUUCCUGUAGUGUCUAUGUGUUCACAUGAGUGUUCUUUGUAUCGUCAUUCUAACGCUUCAGUACUACACAAUUUGCUUCGUAGAGCACAAUCUGCAUAACAGUGAUAUAUCCAUUUCAUAUGGUGUAGAGCGCAUAAUCCUAAUGUUUCCAAAUGCUGCUGAUUAUAAUGUACAAGAAAUUGUUUGACUUUUUAUCUAUUCAGAUCAAUUGUGUGUUAUUCUGAUUAGUACUAGUAUUUAUUGCUUGUCCUUUGAUUCUUAAAUCAGAUUUUACAGCUCCUCCCUCCCACCAAACUUCGUUUCGUUUGGUGGAAUACUGUUUAGGUUUCGGGGGGGGGGGGGGUGUUUCACAAAGACUGCAUGUAAGUGUACCUUAGAGUAAUGCUUGCAUUAUGCUAACGUGCUCAUGUUAUUUCUUAUCGAUGGAUAUGGGGUAGUGCACAUCCCGAGCACAUGAUCUGACCAAUGCGGUGAUGUGAUGAUACUGUAUGUAACUGAAAUCAAGUGUGUCUUCACAUCACACCUAGAUCUUUGUGAAACAUCCCUUGGUCAUUUGUCUGAUUAGCCAGAAACCUGCCCCUGUUCAGGGGUGUGAGAGUUCAGAUAUUUAGCUGAUUUCAGAUUUUUAUUCAGCUUAGUUUCAGCUUAUUUUUGGCUUUCCUCUGUACAAAAAGUAUGGGAGCUCUUUCUAUUUAAGAUUUUUUCAACACUCUUCAGUUUUUUCAGAUCUUUUUAUUUGUGACCACUCACACCCCUGUCCUCUAUAAUGUAAUUAAUCGUCAGCAUACGAUGGACUGUCCGGAAACAUGGCUCAUGUAUACAGAAGACUACAUGACGUUGGAUUGUUUGAUAAAUUAUAGGCAUACUGAGUGAUUCAAGUGUAUGCUUGUUUCUUUAUUGGAAACCCAAUAACAGAGCCCCCUAACAAGCCUUUAACAUGUUAGUAGUACGGCAAUAAAGAAAUUACAGUACUUAAUUGAAUCUGGUUUAGCAUGCAACUUGUUGCUAUUAAAGUCUGUCAAUUUACCUCUGGCAAUGUUUCAGGUUGUCCAGAACAACCUUCAUUCGAAAAGUAUGCAUAGAAUUUGAAUAUGUUAGUAAACGUGUCUGUUAUGAACCAUUUUACAAUCACAACUCUAUGCAUGCUUGUAUGGACAUAAUGACCUGAUUUGACUAUUAAUGUUUUGGACAAUUGAAAAAUUGGUUUAUUUUAAUUGGAUCUAUCCAUUAUAAGUACAUGUAGUUAUAACAACUAAUGUAGUCUUUAUUAGUAUUUUUAGUAUUAGGCAAGUAUUCUGUAUUAACAUCUCAUAAAUUUGCUUAUAUUUAUAUUCUUGCUAUAAAUUUAAUUAUUUUUUAGAUAAAAAUUAUUACAAUUUUUCCCUGCUGAAUUUCUUGUAUUCAACUCCAGAUUGUGCAAUCUGAAAUCAGAUAAAUAAUGUAUGCCUUGACAACUUGUCACUAAAUCAUUUUGUUUUGUUUGUUUUUUCUUCUUGUGUGUUCAAAAUUCAAGCUAAUUGUUUAUAACAUUUUCAUGUGUUCUUUGGUUGUCAUGUGUCUCUAUACAUUUUGCAUAUAUAUUGUAAAAUAAAGAAGUUUUUGCAUCAUUAUUUUUAUACCUAGAUUGCAAAAUAUAGACAUUUUUACGGAGUACUUCAUAUAUCUGGAUUAUUCCUUAUACCUUUUUACCUGUAGACAAAUUGCAGUUUAGUAGUAGAAGUAUAGUUUAAUAGUGCAGUUGUGUAACACAUAUCAGUUCGCUUGUUUUUAACAAAAAUGCAAAUU